GGUACAGAAGAAGGAUUUUAUUUUGCGCGCGCGGAUUUUUGAAUGGUGAGGACCGUCGCCAAACGCUCCACGCCAAGUUGAAACUGCAACUUAAAACUAUAUCAAUCACAUAACCUGCAAAGAAAAUACCAUAAUCACGAUGAUCAGAAGUCUAGGUUAAAUCUUUUAAUCGUCGUUAUUGAUCCAGUCCAACUUUGAAAAUGUUGAGCCUUCAUGUCUUGCUGUUUCUAGCUGUUCUUCUUUCGUCAUCUCAUAAAAGUUCACCAGCUGUAAUCAGACAUGGCGCCUCGUCUAACGGGGAGGUACCAGUCUCACAGGGAACAUCAUACCUGGACCAGGACACAAGGAAAUCAGAAGGCUCGUCACCCUUCUCUUUUUCACAGAGGGACGUUGGUGAUGACGCCAAGGGUGCAGAUGAUAACCCGGAAGUUAUUCCAGACCCAUUGGUUCAUACUAUCUCGAGAAGACAAACAUCGAAAGGAGAUCAGAAAAAUACAACGAAGCAGGAUACCGUUGAGAACACUGGUGAAGAUCAAAACGCAUGUGAGCAUCAACUGGAGAGUUCAUCUGGCAUAUUGUUUUCAUAUGCAAUGGACAAAUCACUAUCUUGUAGAUGGAACAUUUCUGCUCCAGAGGACUCCAUUGUUACCAUUGCUCUCUUGGUUUUGGAAUACAACAACACUAGCCUAGCUAUUGCCGAUAGCGCUGGCGAUCUCUGCCUUGAGAACGGGACAUUUAUCAUAUUUGAAGAAUUUCUUCCUGAUUUUCAACCUCAAAUUACAGCAUUUUGUGAGGUAAAAUCUUCAAAUACUAGAGCGCUGACAUUAAUAACUAUCAGCAAUAGAGUUUCCAUCAGUGUAUACACACAACAAGAUCCUGAUAUUGUAUGGGCACUGUGGUAUCAGAUCGUCGAUGAGUCCCUAUUUGACAUGUUUGAUCAGGAAGCUUAUGACAUUAGUGACGUUGGAAGUGGAGAGAUGGUUACAGAAUUCAAAACUGUAAAUUCCAGUUUACUUGAAAAAAUUUCUGACCUGAAUGUUGACCAGUGCUUUGAAAUCGAUGAAAUGAUGCUAAGUCCUAAAAAUGAACCGUUUGGUAUAAGUGAAAACUGUUCACUGACGUUUUUACCUGAUGGGAAUGAAGAACUUAUGUUGUCCUUAAUCAGUGUUGGUCUUUCUAAUGCUACGGUUGCAAAUUGUACCUCUGAUAAUGCAUUUAUUACUAUCCGUAGUUGGAAACCUGAUGGAUAUGCUAACGAGACUUUUUUCUGCUCGAUUCCUUUAUUUGGAGCUCUGUUCCAAUCUCCUGUGCGUAUUGAGCUGCUUUAUCAUCCUUCUGCAGUUACACGGCAAAAUUUUAAGGCACAAAUAAGCAUCGUUGAGCCCGAUUUGGAUAUUACUGAACUGUUGGACGCGUUGCUUCAAAAUACUUUGCUUUACUCCAUAUCAGGAGAUAAUGGAAGCCUUUCUUCUCUGGGAUAUCCGAUGCCUUUUCCAAGUAUGCGCAUGAUCUGGGAGAUCACUGUUGGUAAGGGGAAGGAAAUUAAUCUUGAGUUCGUUGACAUCGAUUUUGGAUAUGAACCUCCUUCAAUCUGCAAUGAAACCACGCCUAUUCUUUUCGUCAUUUCCUCCCCUAUCUAUGACAAAGAAGAUAUUAUAUACUGCGGUACUUUACCACCACGGAACAUAACAUCUUAUGGCGGCAAGAUGAGUUUGAUUUUCGACCCCAAGGCAGGCAACAUUGGGAGAGGAUUGCAAGCUGUUUUCUCGUCCUUUGAUCUUGACAAUGAUACAUAUCAAACAAACCUGGGCUUAGAUGAUCCUUGGAGUCUUUUACAAGAGCUACCUAUCCCUCUUUCAAUGUUAUCUGCACCUGCGAGAAUCUUUGAGGACUGCGAAUUGUUAUUCAUGAACUUCUCUCGAAAUUUCUCGAACAAUAUUGCUUCCAUCGAAAAUCUAUUCAACUUUUCUAUCUGCCAGCGAAUAUUGUCGACUCCAUUCGAUUUCAUAGAGGACCUCUUGAAAAACACAACCCUGUUCGAUUAUUUGGAUAAAAACGGAGGAAGUAUGAAGCCCAUCAACAUCACAUCGGGAAAUCAAUUUGAAGACGAUUUUGACAAGUACAGAGGGAACUUUGGUUUUAAUGAAGAUAUUAGUAGUUCUCCAAGGGUCACUACUCCAUCGACACAGCCGACUGAUGUAUCAUUAAUAUCCAAUGUCUGCGAUGAAAUUACCGAGGAUUCUGGGACGUUUUCUACCAUGUUUUAUCCCAAUGACUAUCCAGUCAACUACACGGCCUGUUGGUAUAUAAUGACAGAUCCCUCACGAUAUAUAGUGCUCCAGCUUAGAAACUUUUCACUUGAUUCUGCUCGUAUAGAUCCAUGUGAUACAUCAUAUUCUCAUGUGGUCAUCAGUGACUUUGUUUUAGAUGCAGUAUACUUGUGUGGUGAUUUUGACUACCGGGAAAUUGAGUCUUCCAGAAAUAGUUUACAAAUUGAAAUCAAGGGAAAAUUAGGACAAGGCCAGGGAUUUUACGCUGUGUUUGAAACCUUCGAAAUACCUCAAUUUCGAUCUUAUGUUGCCACAGGUGAAAUUGUAAGUUGCAAUGCCACAGAACAUCUAGAGAGUCUUGCUGUGUCCGGAACUGCUCGUCUUCCAGCUCUCAUGAGCAAAUGCAGUGUAGAUGGAACAUGGUUGGAGUGGUUCACAGAAUCUGAUAAAGAAAGUGGAUGGAUUGCAUCACCAAUGUUUCCUUGGCAAUACCCAGCAGGUUCACACUGCGUCUGGAUUAUACGAGGAGAAGGGAAUGUGAUGGUGAAGUUGGAUUUCUUUGAUUUUGAUCUUGGUGAGGUUCCUGUGACAUACCCACCCUGCAGCGAGGCUGAUACUUUCAUCCUGAUCCGGGAUUGUGUUUCAGGAGAAGAGAAAACCCUAUGUGGCGUCAGAACUGAAAAUGAAGAGGUGAUGAUACAUUCCAACUCGGUUGAAAUCGAGUUUUACAGUCAAGGUGGCCAGGGCAAGGGCUUCCAUGCUUUCUACAAACUAAGACAAUCUACCAUUGAAGGUCAACAGUUGAGAAUUCUACCUGAAAAUCUAACAUCUGUUCCAUCAUUCCAUGGAAGAGAAGACACGACAACCAAGGAAUCACAACCUUCAACAUUCCCUGUGUCCACUCUUCCUCCAAAAAGCUUGGUAACUGAUCCUGUCUGUGAUGUUAUAAGCUCUGAUGAGUGUGGUGCCACAAUACGUUCUGAAUUUGGUUACUUUUCAUACGCAUUCUAUCCCCAAGAGUUGCUUUCCCAAACCGAUUGCAUUUGGGCUGUAGAAUCUUCCCUUCCUGAUCAUCAAAUAGCAUUGAAAAUACUGGACAAUGGUAUGGGUGCACCGGUAAUCGACGGCAAAUGUGACACUCGUUAUGGAUAUAUUAGGGUUGAUAUUUCAGGAAAUUACUCAUAUAUCUGUAAUAAUCGUGGACAAAACCUGUUUAUGUCCGAUGCAGGGUUUAUCAGAAUUGAACUUUCCUCGGAAUAUAGUGUUGGUCGGGGAUUCUGCGCGUCAUUCAUGUCCUUAAAUUCUACAUUCAAUGGAAGUAUAGAUGAUCUACAGUUCCCGUGCUCGUGCGAAGACAUUUUUACCAACUAUUCUUGGAUUGGACCUUCUGUUGAACCACCAUGGCAGGAAAGGUGCGAGUUUGCAAUUGGAGAAGGAUCUGGUACAUUUCCUUCAAGCAGUUUUCCGAUUCCUUAUCCACCUAAUUUCGAAUGUGUUUGGACUUUAUUAGCAGACCAAGAUGAGAAUGUGAAUCUUCAGUUUAUGUCUAUAGACCUAGAUGGAUUCAGAAUGAGCGGGAGAAGGAGAUGUCUCUUAGCUGAUACACAUGUUCAAAUAACACUCUUCACAGGCACUAAAGUUUUAAAUGAGCGAUUUUGUUCUGAUGAUGACUGGUCAGUGGCUAUACCACCCGCGCGCGACGUGACCAUUAAAUUCAAAUCGGGAGACAUCCCAGCUCAUAACCACACAGGAUUUGUUAUGGCGUACAAUUUCACUCGUGCACAAUCGAAAGACAUGGCAGAUAACAAGUCUGUAAGCGAAUCCUCAGAAGACAACUUCGGUUUUAGGGCUGUCAUUGACUACGAUGGAUUUUCGCCUCUCUCUUCUGACGACUAUUCAGAGGAAGUUGUUAUCGAAACCGGGAGAAGAACAACAGAAGGUGACAGAACGAGACUGACGUUGCCAAUCGAGGUAGAAACUGACAUUCCAGACUUGGGAUUGUUUACUGACUUUGCAACAGAAUUGCCAGAUGUUUAUGGUACAGAGUUACCAGAAGGCCAUGAGACUACUACUGAAGCUGAAGGGACAGAUAUCUUGACAACAACUGAAAGACUUCGAGGGACGUAUUCAUCGGAAGAGGUGACAACGAGAAGCUCAACAUCACAGACCCUUGGAGUAAUUCCAGGAAGAGGUAGAAUGACAGCAAGAGAGAUGGAGUUGACUAUCUACAUAUGCACGGCAUUCGCUGCUUUCUUCAUCAUUUUACUCAUUUUGGUCACUUUGUAUUGCGCAAAGAAUAGGAGGAGUAAAAGUAAGGCUGGAUUCGAUAUUGAUGCAGCAGACGAGGCUAACUACUGGCAAACAUACAAAGAUUGGGCGAAAGAUUGGGUUACCGAACCAGUUGCAGGGUCUGCACAAAGUACAGUGGGUGCAAUGUGCGGCGACGAAAGUGGAAUGGCGCCAAAAUGUAAGCCAUCAGGAGGAGCGAUGGCGACCGAGUUGUCACCAGAUCAUCGUAAGACUGUAAGCGCCGUUGUCAACCAGCCUCCUAUAGACAAACCAGAAAGAAACUUCAUACCAUCAGAAAAGUUAGUAUGAUAUCAGAAUAAAUUUGUAAUUGAUAUUACAACAGUCUAUUAACCAAAGACGCCUAAAAUCGCCAUCGAUAGAGUAUCGAUAAUUGUGUAUAAAUUUUAACGAUGUUUGUUUUCUCAUAAGAGUAAAAAUGUAAAGGCCUAUACGCCAUUACACAUCGUAUACCUAUGAUUGGUUUACGAGUUCAGAACAAAUCGCAGUUUGUUUCAUGAGAAUAUUUCAAUAGUUCAAAUAGUUCAUAAUUUCAAAUGUUCAAAAUGUUCAAAAUAACUAGAAAUACUAAUAUUGAGUCAUUCUAAACCUUCCAAUUUGGAAUAAAGUCUAAAUUAGUUUCAAAUCAUAUAUCUGUUCGCACGAUCGCCAUGACUUCAUUUAUUAGAUAUCAAAGCAAAAUUGUUUUUAUUCUUAGAAGGGUAGCAGUAAUCAUGAAUUGGAACUUGGCAUAGCAAGAUGUGAAUUCCUUGUCUCACAUGAAAAGUACAUUUUCUUCCAAAAUGAGGUCGCAGACCAAUCGUAAGGUAAGCCUGGUCAUUUAGGAAACUGAUAUUAUCCAGUACAAUUGAUGAAUGUUAUAUUUUGAAUCCAGUAUGUAUGAUUCGUUUCUUGAAACGUUUAAAUAAUUUGCAAUGUAUAUAUCGCACGUAUGCUAUUGUUUUUGCUAAAUCGGUGUAUUGGUUAUUUAUGGUAUAAUUAAAGGAUGGUUUUAUCUUAAUAAUGGACUGCUCCUUUAAGAUAAGCAAUUUAUUCAACCCUUCAGUGAGAAUAACGAAACUUUGCCAUUGGAGUACAGAAUAAGCUAAUAAACCUUAUAAAACUUGAAGAGUUACCCCUUUAGUCCUGAUUUUCGUGUGGCAAUAUGGUUUUCAUUACAAUUCUCAUAAUCAAAUCAUAGUAUGAAAUGAGAUUUUGCAUGUUUUAUAUGACGAGUACGCCUAUAAUAUUCUUAUUGGAAUAAUCUUGCGUUUCAAUAUGUUUACUUCUCUAGUCUAGGCCUACUUUAAGACUGAAUUCAUUAAUGUGAUAUGUAAACUUCACGAUGUCUUCGAAAAAUACGCUUCUAUAUGAUGGCAUUCAACUGAUUUACUCAUGAUCAUGACCAUAUAGUUAUUAGGUCAUGAAGUUGAGGUAUUAUACUUCCGCAGCGCCAUCUCACUAUAUGGGUUCAUAUGUUUUUUUAUGAAUAUUUCGACUGGAUCAGUGAUACUUUUUGUUAAUGAAAUAAAUUUACUGGAAGUAAAAAAAUUGAUUGCUUUGAUAGAUGUGAGCAUAUACGUUUCGGGGAUUUAACAUAAAUUCUGGACACCUGUGAUUAAUGUUGACCCGAACUGGAUUUCCAUUUAAAUCUUACAGAUUUAUAAUAAGAUAAUGUGGAGUAUGAAUGUUAAUCUUGUAUAUCAUAUUCGGGAAAUAAGAAUAGACCCCCAGGUUGUUCAUGGGGUGCUGCGAAUGUAUACUGCGUAGGCAGCACCCCCUAGAAAUCACGUUGACAGCAAAAAGAAAAAAAAAUGGAGCAAUAACCUUCUUUUGUCAUUUUUUUUUCUUCUCGAAACCCCCUUCGUCUUGAAGUGUAUAUCCUGUAUAAUAUAUGACUUUUUUUGUCUGAACAAAAUUGCAGCACCCCUUAUUUAAAAAUAGUUCCCAGCAGUGCCCUAAGAGGGUGUUGGUGUGAAAGCCGAAUACUGAAUCGGUCAAAUCAAGCAAAUUAUUAGAAUAUGCGAAAAGUUUGAUUUAUUAAUAAAUUUUUCGGUCUGACGAACAGUACAGGUCCGGAGUCUGGGGCCCCCAUCAAAUUUAAAAGAUUAUCGUACAUAACACUGCAUUCUGCAUAUAAGCAAAUGAUUUGAUACUGAAUGAGCUAUUACAGUUAUUAUUACACAAGCAUGUUUCCAACUGGUUUUGACUGCAUCUCUGUAAGUCCCAAUCGGUUUUCUUAUUCAAAUUUUAUGCAAACCUCUAAACUUUAAAGGUAGGCAUACAGUUUGAAUAUAAUUUAUUUAAAACAAAGGUUGUUUUUGACAACCUAAAAGUUUGUGUUUGUCUGACAUAGCAACAUAUAAUAUUUGCAAACUUGAUUCUAGCAGAAGAUGUUCGAAGGUUUGCAUGGUGGCAGAAACAAUCAAUGAAGUGGUUUAUAAUUACGGUACACCUUGUGUAAAGUCCUGAAAAGGACUAAGAUAAAAAAAAGAUAGAGGUAGAAGAGCAAUGGAGAGGCGAGAAAGUGUAGAUUGCAAAAGUAAGUAUAUUUUAGAAAUGACUGUAGUGUAAAUAGGACUGUAAACCAGAAAGAGUGGAAAGCUUGAAGUGAUGAGAGGCUUAAGUAGAAUUAAGGCUGGUUGAGUUCGAGGGGUGAGAGAAGAUUGAGAGAAGGCUGGUUUGAGUUGGCCAGUAGAGUUGUAGAGCAGGAGCAAGAGUUUCAGGCAGGUUGACUGUCCGAUUGACAGGUUGACUAUCCGCAGGUUGACAUAUUUGUUGCUAUGUCAGACAAGCUACGUUGCUUUAAAUAUUCAAAUUUUAUGCAUACCUUUACAGUUUAAAGUUAUGCACAAAAUUUUGAUAUAAAAAUUAUGAAAACCGACUGGAGUUUGACAGAAGCGCAAUCAAAACCAAUUGGAAACAUCCUUGUGUGGAACUGCCAAAGCCCAUCCAGUAUCAAUAAUUUUUUGAAUGAAUGCAGAAUGCAGUAUUUUGUAUGAUUUUCUAUCAAAUCUGAAGGUGGCCCCAAACCUUUGGCCUGUACUGUAAUACUCACAAAAAAUAUAUCAUCUACGUUAAAUCCUAUUUUAUACAGGCUUAUGAAUAACUAUGUAGGCAUGCAAACGGAGCAUAAUUUCAGAUACUGAAGGAUAUAUUUCAUCGUGUUCCACUAUGCCUACAUAUCUAUUGUAGAAUAUCUUUAUGAACCAUUUGUUGUGCGCCAUUUUUAGCAUUGAAUGUACAUGUCAAUGUAUAUAAAAUCUGAUUUAUAUACCUACAAAUAAUGAAUACCUAGUAUUGAAAUCAGUGAUUGAAAUUAAUUGCGUCAAACGAUUUAUUUGAAAAAAAAAAGAUUACCUAGAAUAUAUUUAUGAAAAAAAAAUUUAAGGAAAAAAUUCCAAGAGAGAAUUUAUAGUGCAUGGUAAUUGUUUAUACUUAGAGAUUUUCGACUGUAUACUAAUAAACAUUUUGACCUCGAUACU